GAUAUAAGCUUUUUACUCCCUGGAUACCUAGCUGUCCCAGAUGUCCCAGAAAAAAGAAACAUAUGGAGUAGUGUCGGCGAGGUCUGGACAGAGGGUAGAUGUAUCUACAUGUAUCUACCGUCUCUGAUCUGGACAUUGCUUUAUAGCUUGGAAAGUAAGACGAAGGACGUGUAUAUGGAUGUUAGUUUGUGGUAAGACAUACUAUACUAUACACUUCUGCUUGAGUUGCCCUGCAGUCCCGGUCUAGUCCACUUACUCUCGCUUUACAACUACCAUGGAUGUGCAUAGGAUACAAUUAAGUUUGUUAUGACUACGACCCAGCAGAGACAGAGAACUACAAUAUUUGUUUUCUUAUUACCGUUUACAAUAUCUACUUGCAGCAGAGAUAAAGUCCUAAUUUUAAACAAAGGAUUCAUAGCACUCUACUGUUGCAAACUCUAUUGUAGGACAUGAAAGUAUACCACAAUGUUAACAAAUUAUUUUUCAUUUGCAAGAACAUCUUUGUCCCUCUUUCUGAGGCAUAAUAAUAAUAAUUUAUACAAGUGAACAUAAUAUAUCUAUAUAAACAUACACACCCAUAUAACCUACACACCUACACCCUCUCACUCGUCCAAUGCCUCAAUUAAAAGGUCUGUCAUCUCCGGAUAAGAAAUAAUCGGUAUAAGUAAACAAAGACAUAACCUGUAACACAUUUUCAAUGGGACACCAAAACCUGCUGAGGCCACUAGCUAUCAGGUGGGCACUCACUUUACAACUGUGGUGGGCGUCGUGACACGAGGACAGUGGACCCACGGACUUUGUACAAGUCAAAGGUGGAACAGUUCACCGAUGUGAAAUGUGAGGUCAAGGUGUUGUUGUCGGUUCACUUGUCUGUGUGUGUCGUCGACCAUGGCUGACGGCCAGACCUUCACUCCCUUCCCUCACUUCGCAACGGAUGCUAUUCACGAAGGACAGGAACCUGAGCAAUGGAAGUCCAUGGCAGUGGUACCACCGAUAUCAACAGCAACAACAUUCAAACAGUUCGCACCCGCCGAGCACGCCGUACGUAUUACAAGGGUGGUACAGGCAAGGGAUUUUGGUAUUCAAGAAGUGGAAACCCCACUCGAAACUGUUUGGAAAAAUGUCUGGCAGCAUUGGAAGGAGGCAAGCAUGGAUUGUGUUUUUCUUCUGGUCUGGCAGCUACCAUGACAGUAACACACCUUCUGAAAAGUGGAGACCAUGUUAUAAGCAUGGACGAUGUGUAUGGAGGUACUGGUCGGUAUUUUCGCAGCUGUGCCCUGCCAAUGGGCAUUGAUAUCUCUUUUGUGGACUGCACCAAGAUAGCAGAUGUGGAAAAUGCUCUGAGACCAGAGACAAAGAUGGUGUGGCUGGAAACACCAACUAAUCCUACCAUGAAACUUGUGGACAUAGAAGCUGUCUGCAAGCUUGUUCAUGACAAAAGCCAGGCUUUUGUAGUCGUGGACAACACCUUCAUGUCGUCAUACUUCCAACGACCACUUUCACUGGGAGCAGAUAUUGUGAUGCAUUCUCUGACAAAAUACAUGAAUGGUCACAGUGAUGUUCUGAUGGGGGCACUUGUGUUAAAUGAUGGUGAGAUGGCCAAGCGACUUCGCUUCUUGCAAAAUGCCCUGGGACCAGUCCCAUCUCCAUUUGACUGUUACCUGGUGAAUCGUGGGCUGAAAACACUGGCUCUGCGCAUGAGACAACACAUGAUCAGUGGACUGGCUGUUGCUCGCUUUCUGGAAACAAGUCCGCGUGUACUUAAGGUGAUACAUCCAGGGCUAGAGUCCCACCCUCAGUAUGAGUUGGCCAAACGCCAGAUGAAGGGCUUCAGUGGAAUGGUGACUUUUUUGAUAAAGGGUGGCAAAGAAGUAGCUACCACUUUCCUUAAAUCCCUGAAAAUUUUUACACUUGCUGACAGUCUUGGUGGCUUUGAAAGUCUCUGUGAACUUCCGUCAGUGCAGACGCAUGCGUCAGUUCCUGCUGACCAGCGAGAGCUUCUUGGAAUUACAGACAAUCUGAUUCGCCUGUCUGUUGGACUUGAGGAUGUUGAGGAUUUGAUCAACGAUAUCGAUGUAGCUCUCAAAGUUGCUAUACCUUGAAGGUGAUGGCUUCCUUUGACCAGGACUUCUCAGAAUGUAGGACAAUUCAACAGAUGUUAGAAAAUAUAGCUUGGACAAAUUGUAUUUAUUUCAUUCCAUUUGUUAUAUAUUUUAUGUUUUCUUCAAGUGCAACACCAUUUGGGGGCUUGUGUUGCCUCUGUAAGCAAGAGAUAUGUCUUAAGGAAAGAAAAAGAACCUCAUUUACCAUGACUCCCUGUGACCUGAACUAGAACAUAAAAGCUUUUGACAAAGCUGAACAAUAUCUCUAGUCUUCCAUUUGCCUUUCCUUUCACAGAAUAAUUCACAUGAUUUUCCUCUAUGUGUCAUAAUAUCUUUGUUCUGCUUGCUAUUGGUUAUAUUUAUGUAGGCAAGAGUGCAAAGGAAAGAGAGCUGAGACUUUUUUGUCUAGCACAAAAUGCUUACAAAUUUUACCUCUCCCUCAACACACAGUAUACUGGCACGAUUAUAGUCAGAAAGCAAUUUUGUUUUUUAAUGUUACCAAAGAUUUUAUAGAAAAAUGUUUUAAUAUUUCCUAUAGUAUGUUAGUGCCAUUGAUGGUCAUCCAGCAUGAGGUUUCAAUACAUCAAAUUGUGUGUGGGGAGGAGGGAAUUGCAUGGGGGUGGCUACUGUGUUUUUCCAGUUGAUUUCUGUGCACUUCCAAUUUUAUGGAUUUUUUGUAAGAUUUUAUUGAUAUGCUUGUUAAAAUAAAAACGACAUACUUUCGAUUGUAUAACUUGUAAAGACCACACAUAUAACUGACUGGUUGGAUGAAUGGCUGUGAAAAAGUAAUUAGACAACAUUGCGGAGAUUUGCUUGUCUUAGUUGUUGCAGUUAGGGUGCUGUUGAUCAAAAUUAAAUGAUCUGGCUUAAGGAAAUUAAAACAUUACUUUUGACUGUAUAA